AUGAGUACGUUACUAUCAGAAGAAGAUUUAAACGAUUUCAUUAGUCCGGCAUUAGCAUGUACCAAACCCACAGUGAUCAACAAGGAACCCGUUAAUGUGAACGAUAAGGGAGAAUAUGAAGUCAGCAAGGAACCUACCGAAUUAGAAAAAGUAUCAAUCACAUUAUCUGAUUGUCUUGCUUGUUCUGGUUGUAUCACUUCAAGUGAAGAAAUUAUGUUGAGUAGGCAAAGUUAUUCUGUCUUCUUGAAUGAUUGGAAGAAAUUAAAUGAUCUACCCGCGGACAAAGAAGAUAAUGAAACGGUGAAUAACAAGAAGAAGAUACUUUGUGUUAGUAUUGCACCACAAUGUAGGAUCUCGUUGGCAGAUAAUUAUGACAUGAGCAUAGAGGAGUUUGAUCUUUGCUUUAUGAAUUUCAUUAAGAAUUAUUUCCAGGGGAAAUAUGUUGUUGGGACCCAAAUGGGUAGGAAUUUGACUAUAAGUCGAACUAAUGAUAAAUUAAUUGCAUUAAAGAAAGAGGGGAAAUUAGAUGAAAGGCCAAUGUUGUCCGCCAUAUGUCCUGGGUUUGUCAUUUAUACUGAAAAGACUAAACCUAAUUUGGUUCCAUUAUUGUUGAAUGUUAAAUCACCACAACAAAUAACAGGGUCUUUGCUGAUGGAUAGCCUUGCUGAGGACGAACAAAUGUAUCACUUGACUUUGAUGCCCUGUUUUGAUAAGAAAUUAGAAGCUUCAAGACCUGAUGGUGAAAAUGAAGUUCAUUGUGUCAUUACACCAAAGGAAUUCGUUUCCAUGUUAGAAGAAUUAGAAGUUGAUUUCAAUUCAUAUAGAAUUCAAGAUGAAAAUUUAUUCUAUGAGAUGUCGCCUGAAGGUUGGGAUCCUCGAAUUCAUUGGUCUUCUAAUUCAGGUAGUAGUUCAGGUGGGUAUGCGUAUCAAUAUAUUCUUGAAAUGCAAAAUUUAAACCCUGGUACAAAAAUUUUGGAAAUUCCAGGGAAGAAUAGUAAUGUGGUCGAAUAUAGAUUAAUAGAUCCAAAUGAUAUUAAUCGUGGUACCAUUGCGUCGUCAGCAGAAUUAUCAGGGUUUAGAAAUAUUCAAAAUAUGGUACGGAACCUCGAUCGUAAAUCCAUUAAAAAUAAUGGAGCCAAAAGGAAAAUUCAAGUAUUAAGGAAAAGAAACACAUCUACUCAAAUGCAGAAAUUAAGUUUGUCAAAUAACAGUAAUGCUAUUAAUAAACCUUUAGUUGCCGAUCCAUACAAAACAGAUUAUAUCGAAGUGAAUGCAUCACCUGGUGGAUGUAUUAAUGGUGGAGGGUUAAUAAAUAACGAACAAAGUACAGUAAGAAAGAGAGCGUUAGCUCAAGAAUUGAGCGAUAAAUAUUCAAAAUCAUUUAAUUUAGUCGACCCAAUAAAGAUGGGUAGAAUGCUGGAUGAAACAUCGAAAAGCGGGUCUAGGCCAUACGAAUAUGAAUUCCACGCUGUGGAACAAGAUCAAGAAAAGGAUUUGGUUACUGUGGGAAACACAUGGUAA